AUUUUAACUCGGUGUAGAGCUCAAAUAAAAUAGGGAAAAUCCCUAUGUUUGAUAUAAUAACUUAAAAUAAAAUAUGUACUACAUAUUUAUAUACAAAAUAUAUUAAUCAUUAUUUGUACUACACAAGUAUAUAUACAGCGAACAUUUUAGAAUUGUAGCCAUUCAAUAAUAACAAAUUGCAGUACAAUUGUUUAUUAUAAAUAAUAAAAAUAACAAUACGGAAAAUGAGUAUUAAUCUAAUUGCAGAGACGAAAGGCAUUGAAGCCUUAAAUAUCAAGCCAAAUGAAAUCGAAGAAACUGCAACGGGUGUUGAGGUUACGGUUAACGAUGAACAACAUGAUGUUGUCGAUCCAUGGAAUGUGGCGAGUAACAGCGCGACUGGAAUCGAUUAUGACAAAUUAAUAAAACGUUUCGGGUCGUCCAGAAUAGAUGAUGAGCUAAUUAAACGUAUAGAAAAGAUAAGUGGUAAACCAGUACAUCAUUUAAUACGUCGAGGUAUUUUCUUUUCACAUCGUGAACUAAACACUAUUUUAACUUGUCAGAAUUUGCAAAUAAAAUUAAAAAUAUUAUAG